AGGGCUGCAUUUGCCUUUGCAUUCCAGAGCUCAACAAGCUGAAUGUGAAGCUUGGCAUGUUCGUCAAGAAAUGUGUCUACAGCCUUAUGAGAUUUGUAAAAUAAUAUACAAAACUUCUUUCUUGUAUUUGGCCUUGGCCAGUAGGAUGGUUCCGUUUUGUCUGACUAGUCAAGUACACAUGCUCAGUGUAGCCACAGCCUUUCACAGUUUGUGGGUGUAAAAGCUGAGGGGUGCCACUGUCAGCAGUGCUAUAGAUGUCUGUUCAUCCAGUGCGGGCUUUUGUUUUUUGAACUCGCUUAGAAGAAGCUACAACAGCCUGGCCAUGGCAAGCGAGGUGAAAAGCUGGUCAUUUUGGAGGGCUGUGUUGGCAGAGCUAAUAGGAAUGCUCCUCUUCAUAUUCAUUGGCAUUGCAGCAGCCAUUGGAAACAAGAACAAUGAUGGCCCUGACCAGGAGGUCAAGGUAGCGCUGGCGUUUGGGUUGGCCAUUGCCACCCUUGCCCAGAGUCUGGGGCAUGUUAGUGGAGCACACUUCAAUCCUGCUGUCACACUGGGCCUGCUGGUCAGCUGCCAGAUCAGUGCGCUGCGGGCUGUGCUGUACAUCCUUGCUCAGCUGGUGGGGGCUGUCUUAGCCAGUGCCCUCAUGUAUGGACUCCGACCUGAUUACAGUGUUUCUUUAGGACUGAACCGGUUGGCACCUGGAGUAACUGCCGCCCAAGGGUUUGGUAUUGAGCUCCUAGGCACCUUCCAGCUGGUGCUGUGUGUGUUGGCCACCACCGACUCAAGGCGCAGUGACGUGAACGGCUCGGCUCCUCUUGCAAUAGGUCUCUCAGUGGGUCUGGCUCACUUCGCUAUUAUCAGCUACACUGGGUGUGGUAUUAAUCCUGCCCGUUCUUUUGGGCCCGCAGUCAUUCUGGAGUCAUUUGAAAACCACUGGGUGUACUGGAUUGGCCCUAUAUGUGGAGGGGUUGCUGCUGCUCUGGCCUACGAUUACCUGCUAUACCCAAGGCGAGAGAACCUCUCAACACGGUGGAGCAUGCUGACCCAUGGAGCGGAUUCUGGGUCUUCUCAGCAGCUUGCCGGAGCAGAGGAGACUGAGACCAGCCAGUGGCCCAGGCACUAAUGAGGCGGCUUCAUUGUCUCUGUGUGGAUGAGGUUGUAUGCUGUGGUGUGAAUCCUUAAUUAAGAUGAUGGCUGCCUGCACUCGUUAGGUUCAAAACUGGAUCAAAUUAUCCCCUUUUUGGUGUCUAGUCUUUAUGUCCAUAUGCUGUAUUUUUCUCAUUGUGGUGCUUCAUGAUUUUUUUUUUAGGUUGUUCAAUAGCUGGUUUUCCAUCCAACUCAUUUGCAUAUUGUACAUGCAUUCAUGAAAGUUCGGCUAAAGACAAUGCAAGUCUGCGUAUUUCCAUCAGCUCUGUUAUGCAAAUAAAGGGAAGAGUUGUGAACAGUGGUGGGACCAAAUUGUAAGGUUGUCAGCAAAUUUAUGUGAAUAAAUCCAUUUCCAGCAAACUUAGUUUCAUUAUACCCUAGGUGAAUCGGAUGUAAAUACACCGCCUUCGACUUAGAAGAUUUUCCAGAUAUCCCAUUUCCACUCAGAAUUUCUUAUUGGAAUGGUCAAAACCCGUAUAAGAAAGUUGGAUGGAAACCCAGCUAAUGUUGUCUUAAAUAUUCAUAUAAAACAUUCUGUAUAAUAGAUUUGUAUUGAAAUGAUAUAAUUAUAUAUAUAUAUUUCAUUAUAAGACCUGUUCAAUGAUUUUGUUAUCGGUUUUUUUUAUAUCCUAAUGGCAUGAUUUUAAGAAGUUUUUGUAAAAUUAUUCUGCAUGUAGUGUUAUCUGUAAACUGUUAUCCAGAGGUGUUUGAGUUUCCUUAAAACAACAGUAAAAAUGUGUUUUCCACAUCAAAUGAAUGCCGUCUCAAAUAUCAUGCUGUCUGCAACCUUCUUUUAAAAAUGGAACUUCCUCCAUUAUUUAUUGAGUGACAUAUUAUUCAACAAAGCUGGGAGGCCUCCAAAGCCUUCUCACGACCCCACUGCAGGGGGCCCAGAAGGUAAAGACAUGAUUCAAUGCAUGGGUAGAUGUACGUGCGUAACCAGAAGUGUACCUGCUGACAAAACGGAGCUUUAAUUUCCUUGCUGGCACCUUCACACUUCAUUGUAUAGAGGACAUGGGCUGCCUCACGUAGUCUUAAAUGUAUAUUUAAUGGCCCCCCACCCUGUGUAACUCACUUGAUUGCUGAAGAACUACGCUUCAUAAUGUAACUUAGAAAAAGAUACCGUGAGCGGACAUAGCAUCAAUCCACUGGUUGUUCUUGGCUGAACUUUUAGGUAAUGGAAGGAAACGUCAUUGUUGGAAAGGGCUCCUACCUGCUUGCAGCAGGUUUGACUUCUAUAAAUCUUUUGCUUUUAAA